UUAACUUUAGCGAUCGAUUGCGUAUAUCGUAAACAUGUCUUGUGGUUGGCUGUCGUUUUCUGGUGGACGUUAUUUUGCAACUCGUACUUUCUACGAAGUGAGAUUGGUUUUGCCAUUUUAGGAUCUCCAUUAAUUUUGCAGAUGAAAGGAAACAGUUGAUGGGUUCGAGAGAAUCUUCACAUGUAGCAGAAAGGAGAACCAUGGCUGAUGAAUCCGAAGAUUAUUCGGCAGUGCUUGCUUACCUGCUCAGAAGUGGUCAGAUCCGACUGCUCUCUCCCCAUUCUGCUGGUUUUCUAGACGAUAGUGAUGAUGAUGAUUAUAUUGAAUGUUGUCCUGAAAGCGAUCCUUCACCUGACACAAGCAAGAUUGAUACGAGUGAUUUGAAACAGGAGAUGCUGAUUCAAGCAGGCAUUACCCAUAAUGCAUCACUCCCAACAUCUCAUGUCACGCAGAUGCUUCACAAGAGGCAACUUGGAAACUGUUGCAGGAAAGGAUUUACCCAUAAUGACCGCUCUCAGGUUGGGGCAGUUUUUCUACCAAAUCACCAGCGAACUGUUGCUCACUUUCCUGCAAAGGUUUUCUGUGGAACAUAUUCUAUGGAUGGUUCUGUCUUCUUAUCAGCUUGUCAAGAUCAGGUUAUUAGGAUAUAUGAUGUCAAGAAUGGAUACUUUAAGAAAUUUAAAGAAAUCAGAGCUAGAGAUGUAGGAUGGAGCGUUCUAGAUACAGCCUUCAGUCCUGAUGGCAACUACCUCAUAUAUUCUAGCUGGUCUGAUUGUGUACACCUAUGUAACAUCUAUGGUGAUUACGAUACACACACUGCCCUCAACCUGCAUCCAUCAACAGAGGGCCAUUUCUGUGCCUUCUCUGUCCAGUUUUCUAAUGAUAAUAAAGAGAUAUUGGCUGGAGCCAAUGAUGGUUGUUUAUACAUCUAUGACAGAGAAAAGAAUGAUAGAACAUUGAGGAUAGAGUCACAUGAAGAUGAUGUGAAUGCAGUAUGUUUUGCUGAUAGUUCAUCACAGAUCUUAUUUUCUGGUGGAGAUGAUGGUCUGUGUAAAGUCUGGGAUCGACGCACAUUAAGUGAUUCUAACACCAAACCUGUAGGAACUCUAGCUGGUCAUAUGGAUGGUGUUACUUACAUUGAUUCAAAGGGUGAUGGUCGUCAUCUGAUAACCAAUUCCAAAGAUCAAUCUAUAAAGCUAUGGGACAUGAGGUGCUUCUCACCUAGCAAUGUAGUGGAGGCAAGCCGACGAGCAGUUGCUCAACAGCACUGGGAUUACAGGUGGCAGCAAGUACCAAAGAAAUCCAAGAGAAAGAGAGGAGUGAAAGGAGACACGUCACUGAUGACCUACCGAGGUCACGGGGUUCUCCAUACAUUAUUGAGGUGUCGGUUCUCUCCUAAAUUCUCCACUGGACAGAGAUAUGUGUAUUCAGCUUGUGCAACUGGAGCCAUUGUUAUUUAUGAUAUCUUAACAGGCAAAGUAGUGAGCAAGUUACCUGGUCAUAGUCAGUGUGUCAGAGAUGUAUCAUGGCAUCCGUAUGAAAACAAGAUAGUUAGCUCAGGGUGGGAUGGUAGUCACAUGAUACAUUAUUACAAGAGAGCUCGUAACUAUGAAGAUGAUGACUCUUCAGAUGAGGAUUACUAUCCUGAAUCAAGCAGUGAUGACGAUGAUGAUGAAGAUGAUAUCUUUGAACCAUUGAGACAUCCUAGGAGACGUCGUAGCAGACGCUUGGCAGAACAACGUAGACAGAGAUCACAUAUCGGAUGCCUUUGAUAACAGUUAUAAUGAAUGUUUUUACAGAUAUGUGGUUACUGCCAGGGUUGUGAGCAUAUCAAGACUGUUACAGCAGUACUUCACCAAGUUGCAAUUCAUUUUAAAUCAUGUAUAUUUGAGCGAGUUGCAGUGGAGAUCAUUGAAUAUGAUGACUAACAAUUGUUGCCUUAAAUACUCUGAUUCACCAACUUGAAUCAAAUCAUGAGUGAUGCAAUACCCUUGUAUGCACAGCACUACUUGGCAGAUUUGUGAGGAUGGGGAUGUUUGUGUCUGUCUCAUUCGAUGCUAUAAACAUAGCAAGUGCUGAUAUGUUGUCCUUAUGUUAUACUCCUUUGUAUCAUACCCAUGAUUAACACUGUAGCCAUGCAGUGAUGAAUGGGUAAUUUCAUUCAUGUCCAUAAAGGUUGAUGUACAUUGUUGAAAAUCUAAUCUGACGAAGCUAAAUUUUUGUGUGAACAGACCGUCCAAUUGGCUGAUUCAACACCAUGCUGAAUCAAGGAGUGUUUAUGCUUUUCUUUCAGCCUUUUCAGGUGACAAUCUGAAUGAUAAAAGGUGUUGUCAAUAAUUAUGGUGUUACAUAACACAGAUCAAUGAAUUAAAAGUACCAUUACACAUAAUGGCUUAUGAAUGUAUUUGGAUAAACAUUCAUCUCUUCAUGGGAGCGUUAGUCAAUACCUCCUAUAUCCUAUAUAGAUAGAUGUUUCUAAACUGUUUAGACUUGUCACACUUUUGUAAAUCUGUUUUCAGAUUAAAUGGUCUUCACUCCUUCCAUCCAUUAUCACAGAGAUAGUGGAAUGGUUUGGAACGUGUGUGUGUAGUGGGGGGGGGGGGAUGGGGGACUGAACAUUUGUGGUUACUGUACCUCCAGUUCUACAGCAUUGUAUUUCAUUGCAAUGGGUUAAAUGUUAUUUAAUUUAGGUAGCAUUUAAAGGGAAAGUCCUCUCCUAUUGAUUUUCAAAUAUAUGCAUUCUGCAAUGCGUCCACUAAUUUGAACAAUAUUCAUUUGUACAAACAAGUGGACCUUAAGAUCAAAAUUGAUUUCUUUGUAAAUUUUUAUAGAUAAUUUCUUAUACAUGACUAUAGCUUGAAAUAUGAUAAUGACAUUCAUAGCCAGGGGGAUGAUGACAUGCUUCUGUAAUCCAGCACAAGCCUGCAAAUGAAUCGGUUGAUAAUGGCUCAAAGCUUGGUCCUGUUUAUUUAUACCAUGUGUUUAAGUCCAGUCGUACAUGUUAU